GAAAAAAAAAAUUAGAAAAUGAGAAGAUCCCGUUCUUCCUCAUCCCCUUGUGCUUCUUGUAAGCAGUUAAGGCGGCGUUGCUCAAAAGAUUGCAUAUUUUCUCCAUAUUUUCCUCCUCACGAUCCUCUCAAAUUCUCCAUUGUUCAUAAGGUGUUUGGUGCUAGCAAUCUCAGCAAAAUGUUACAGGAACUUCCAGUUCAUCAAAGAACAGAUGCAGUGAAUAGUUUGGUAUACGAAGCAAGUGCUCGAAUACAUGACCCGGUUUACGGGUGCGUUAGAACAAUCUCAUUCCUUCAAAAUCAGUUAUUUGAACUCCAAACACAACUGAGUGAAGCACAACUACUUGUUCAAAUGCAGCAAUCAUCUCCAACCUUAGUUCAACAUCAAAAUCCCUCAUUCCAUUUUUCUCCUACUACUAAUAAUAACAGCCUUAACAGUAACCAAUUUUCUGAUCAAUCCCCUGAAUUUGCAUCUUCUUCUUCUGUAAUGCAAUAUUUUUGUCAUAACUUAGACUCUCUAUAGACUUCUUUCUUCUUUAACAAAAUAAAUAUCCAUUUUAUCUUCAA